GCCAUUAUGCAUGUACAGUAAUACAACUUUUCUGCUGAAUUUACAGUUAUAGGAGAAUAUGUGGUUUAAUCUUCAGAACAUUUUAUUGCAGAAAAAUAUAUAUUCAGAGAUCGUAGCUCUCUACAGAAUUUAUUGAAGAUUAAAAAAACUUACAUUGUACUAAAUACUAGCAGCUAUGUUGAACGAAUAUCCUUUCUCAAAAAUAUUUAUCAUUCAGAUGCUGAUGGUUAUAAUGUGGGAUACCGUUGUAGGCGACGGUUCACUACAAGUUCAGCCCUUCUUCUUUCCACCUAAGUCUAUUAUCGGUAAACGAGUUAGUGUAGCAUGUACUCCAGCAGCUGGGGAAAAAAUGGAAUUCAAGUGGCUGAAAAAUGGUAAAGCAUUAUUAAAAGGACUAAAUAUUGAUAUUCGAACAUACAGUGACCUGACAACUCUUGUCAUAGAUCCACUAACAGAAGAAGACACUGGAAAUUACACAUGCAUCGUCAAUGCUAGAGGAAAAACUGGGAGUUAUACGGCAAAUUUAGAAGUUUUAGUUCCACCAUCCUGGAGCCAUACUCCCUACGAUGUUGAUGCUCUUAGUGGUGAUUCUGUUAUCAUGAACUGCAAAGGUAUUGGCAGACCAAAUCCUACAGUUACGUGGUCCAGAACACAAGGAGAAAACAUGGAAUUUAUACCUAUCAGCAGUUUUACUCAGUAUGCUGUGCAUCCAAAUGGAAGCCUAUUUAUAAAUUCUAUUCAAAAAGAGGACGAAGGAAUGUAUAAGUGUAAUGUAUCAAAUGGAAUAGGCGUACCGUUACUGAAAACCACCGUUGUUAAAGUUAUAGUUACAGUUGUGUGACUAAUCGAGAGAUGAAGAAAUUUUACAGUAAUUUUUGAGAGGCACCGUAGAGAAAGUAUACUAGAAAAAUAUUCGAGACUUGUUUAUUACCUAUUAUGAUUUUA